AGAAGAAAGAUGGCGGCGCCCUGUACCUCUAAUCAUUCUCCCGAGAUAUCGACGCCGUUAAAGAUGCCGAAAACAGAAGUUCCAUCACCAGAAUCAGAGGAUUUGAGUGACAGCAACCAAUAUCAUUCCAAUCCAUCCACACCUAAUCGAUUCUCGCCUCUCAACGUAGGUAUGACGAUUUCUGGGAGCGCAGGCCGAAGUGGAUCGGCCUUUGCCUCAAAUAGCUUCACAGCUUGCCGAGGGAUGUCGUGGACCCCAUCCGAAACAAACGCCCUUAUUGCGGUGUGGGGCAAUGAAAGACUGACGGAGGCACGAAUGCAGCAAUUGGAGGUUGCAGGCACCGUUUUUUCUGGAAAGGCCCCUGGUCCCGCAAUGUACGAGCGGGUCUCACGAGCCCUAGCAGAGCUCGGCUACGAAAGGACCCCAUCCCAAUGCAGGGAGAGGAUGAAGGUAAUGGGGGACAGAACGCUGCGCCGGUGCUAUAGCAGAGUGAAGGAGCAUGGCGUCGGCAAGAGGAAAAGUAGCUACUCCAUCGAGCAGCUGGAAAAGGUGUUUGGCCAGGGAGGCUGGGACUCCCAGACGUGUGCCCCCGUCCUCAUCAACAGUAGUGGCCUGUAUCAGGAGAUGGAGUCUGACGGCAGCACCAUGGAGGACUUCUCCCAAGAAGACUGGUGCAACCAGGUGCUGGCCUCCGCCUUCCAGGAGGGAGAGAUGGAAACUGAGGAAACACAGCCGCCAAAGAAUGCCAGUGUCCUGCAGCUUCGACCUGAGCCCUCGGAGCAAGUUCAGAAACAGGAAGUGAUGCAGAAUGUGGUGCGCAUCCUGGAGUCGGUACAGGUGAAGUGGGAGCACUUCCAAACGUGGACCGACUUCUCCAGAUUGCACCUCUCCAACAAGCUGGCCAUCUUUGGUGUGGGCUACAACACACGCUGGCACGAGGACGUCUGCUACCACUACGCCGAGAUCAGCUCCCAGGUGCCCCUGGGUAAGCGGCUGCGCGAGUACUUCAAUCCAGAGAAGGCAGAGGGCCGUGUCAUCAUGACCAAAGUGCAGAAGAUGAACUGGAAGAACGUUUAUUAUAAGUUCCUGGACAUCACCAUUAGCGAGGCGCGCUGCCUGGAGCUGCACAUGGAGGUAGACUGGAUCCCAAUAGCACAGUCAAGGGUGACGGGCUGCAGCAACGGGGCCUCCCAGUACCUCCUACCCGGGGGAAUCCCUAAAACUUAUGGCCUUUAUGCCAUCGGUUACGAGGAGGUGUCAGCGGAGUCAGACUACACAGGGGAGGAUGAGGCCCCAGACUCUCCGCUGCAGCACCAAGACUCUGACCAGAGCUUGCCUCUCUCUGGAUCGUCGGGCUCUGGUGGGUCUGGGUUCGAGAGUGUGGUGGACCCGGGAGGGAGAGUGGGGGAGAAGACUGGGGCCAAAGUGACCUACUGCUACCUGGGCAUCGCGGAGGAGAGGACCCUACAGCAGUGCCUGUUCCAGCACUUUCAGAGCUCAGGCAAGCACUACAGCCGCAGGCAGCCCUCGGCCGUCACACGUUUCCUCCAGGGGAACUGCAGGGGCACCGGGCAGCAAGCCAGGGAAGAGGGCCUCUCCAUGGGCCCUGAACGCUCGGCCAUUUACAUCAAAUUUAUCGAGGUGGAGCUAGAUUUCCUCUCUGCUGGUUCCCUGGUGGAAUGUCUAGAAAUUGCAGUUGGUUACUCCUUAAAGUACAACAAAGCGACGUUGUAACGCAUGUUGUUUCGAUUCCCAUUGACUGAAGGAUUGAAAGAGGGCCAGAGGGACAUGCAGUAUCUCUUUAUCCCAAUUUAAGUGCAGACCUGAGUUCAAAUACUAUUUGAAAUAAUUUUGAGUACUUAAUCUUGGCUUGAUUGAGCUUGCCUGGGACAAUAAAAACAAUAGAAUAGUCACAAAACUGCAAACCCCACCCAUCUGACACUCCAGGCAGGUUGAAGCAAACACCAAAAAAUAUUUGAAAGAUUUAAAAUAGUGUUUGAACCCUGAUCUGUAUACACGCUAUCUAAUCAGGGAAUGUGAGAGGGAAUGGCUAGUGCUGGAUGCAUUUCCCUACCUCGAGGAUAUAGCAGGGGAUAUAUAUUAAAAGAUUGUGUGUGCGCUUGUUUAAAAACUGCCUUUACAUUUCUUAGACUUUGGAUGUCUAUCUUCAGGUCUAAAUUGCCACAAAAAGAUCCAGGGGUAAAGAUCAUGUAAGGAAUGUGAACCAAUUGAAAAGAGGACCUAAAGGGGAAAUAUGAAUGAAUAUAUAAAAUAUUGAAGAUCUCUAUAUAGAAAUAUAUAUUUAAGAAUAUAUAUUGAUGUUGUCAAGCAUUCCAGUAUUUGCAAACAUAUGACAUUCAAAGAAGUAUGUUAAUGUUUUGGUGUUUUAUUAUAUAUAUUUUUUAUUAUUGGUUAACAGUCUUUGCGUAUUAUUGUUUCCAGGUCACAGUCUUGUAUGUUUACAUGUUUAGAAAAAACAAUAAAACGGGGCGCUGACCGUCAUUUGCCACUCACCGAUUAGUUUUAGGUUCCGGUGUGCUCAUUUGUGGGUGUUGGGUGUUUGCUAUCUAGAGAUGACCUGUAGGUCCUAUCCUUCAUUGCAAAAAAGCCCAUGCUUCAUGCACCACUUUGUCACUAGAUGGCAGAAAAUAACAGGGUGCUGAGAAGCUACAGGCAGAAGGCGAAUACCUGGCCUGCUAAAUUAGGUUAGUGAAUCCCAAACUAUGGGGGGUGAUAAGUUCCAGAAUUAAGCCUCAUGCGUACACGUCAUGUAGACGUAGUGUUCACGUUGUGUAACGUGGCACUGACACAUCAUGUCAGUUUGCUUGUAAGUUUAUUAUGAAAGGUCGUACCAUGAACGCCUUAAAAACGUCUCCAUACGUUACGCAUCACAUGUUAGUUAAGUGUCUGUUUAGUUCAUUAUGAAAGAUCGUACCAUGAACGCCUUAAAAACGUCUCAAUAUGUUACGCAUCACAUGUUAGUUUAAGUGUCUGUUUAGUUCAUUAUGAAAGAUCGUACCAUGAACGCCUUAAAAAUGUCUCAA